CGUUCGCGUUCGCUCUCGGCGCGCGCGAGAGAAAGAGAGACGGGGGCGGAUUCGCUCGGCUUAAUUCGAGAUCCGAGACUCCGAGUACAAACUCCAAGACGCGAGCAUGUGACUUCCGCGCGCGCGAGAUAACGGCUCCGUCUUAUCGGCGAUCCCGGAUCGAUCUAGGCUAGAGUCCCCGCGCCGAUCGUCGCGUUAACAAUCGGGCCUGCGCGAACAAAGAGAACCGGCCGCGAGGUGGAAAAGAAACCGCGUGACAGGUGGGGAAAAAGAAUACAUCCGGGGGCGGAGGGAGCGUUAAAGAGGUUCGUAACGCGGGAGAGGUGGGUGACAUACAUAUUUAAGGCUGCCAUGCUUGCGCCCCACCGUGCCCUCCAGCCGUGCGCGCAUUUUAUAAGGACUGUACGCACGUUACAGUCGGUUAGUUACCACGGCGUCGCGUCACCGUCGCCUUCCACCUCGCCCUCGUCCUCGCCGCUCGCCGUGCGGAGGUCCGACUGUCAACGUCAUCAUCCGCUGCUGCGAAACCCGCCGUCGGCGGAACGAUUCGCGAGGACUCUCGGCGCCUCCUUCGCGACAAUGGCAAAAAUCAAGGCAGGUCCGGUCGUCGACAUUCUCGGCGACGAGAUGACGCGCAUCAUAUGGGACUCGAUUAAGGAGAAGCUCAUCCUGCCCUACCUGGACAUCGAGAUGCACACGUACGAUCUGGGCAUCGAGAAUCGCGACGCGACGAACGACAAGGUGACGGUGGAAUGCGCCGAGGCGAUCAAACGUUACAACGUCGGCAUCAAGUGCGCGACCAUCACGCCCGACGAGAAGCGCGUGGAGGAGUUCAAGCUGAAGCAGAUGUGGAAGAGCCCGAACGGCACCAUCAGGAACAUCCUGGGUGGCACGGUGUUCCGCGAGGCGAUCAUCUGCAAGAACAUACCGCGCCUGGUGGUCUGCUGGAAGGAGCCGAUCAUAAUCGGCAGGCACGCGCACGCCGACCAGUACAAGGCGACGGACUUCGUGGUGCCGGGCCCCGGGAAGCUGGAGAUCACGUGGACCGGCACUACCGGCGAGAAGAUCCAGCACACCGUCCACGACUUCAAAGGCCCCGGCAUCGCCCAGGCUCAGUACAACACCGACGAGAGCAUCCGCGCCUUCGCCCACAGCUCGUUCCGGUUCGCGCUGUCGCGCGACUAUCCGCUCUACCUGUCGACGAAGAACACGAUCCUCAAGAAGUACGACGGCCGCUUCAAGGACAUAUUCCAGGAGAUCUACGACAAGGAGUACAAGCAGCAGUUCGAGGCGAAGAAGAUCUGGUACGAGCACCGGCUGAUCGACGACAUGGUCGCCUACGCCAUGAAGUCUGACGGCGGUUUCGUGUGGUCGUGCAAGAACUACGACGGCGACGUGCAGUCGGACUCGGUCGCUCAGGGCUACGGCUCCCUGGGAAUGAUGACGUCGGUCCUCGUGUGCCCGGACGGUCGCACGAUCGAGGCGGAGGCCGCCCACGGCACCGUCACCCGCCACUACCGUCAGUACCAGCUGGGCAAGGAGACGUCCACCAAUCCGAUCGCCUCCAUUUUCGCGUGGACCCGCGGGCUGCUGCAUCGCGCCAAGCUCGACGACAACCCGCGUCUGCGACACUUUGCCGAGACCCUGGAAAAGGUCAGCAUCGACACCAUCGAGUCCGGCUUCCUCACCAAGGACCUCGCCAUAUGCAUCAAGGGCAUGAACAACGUCACCAGGGCCGACUACCUCGAGACGUUCGAGUUUAUGAACAAGCUCGCCGAAAAUCUCAAGAAACAGCUCAAAGCGUGACUCGCCGAUGACGAAGAACGUAGCCUACGAGCCAAGUAUUAAGUCGCCGCUUUGUUACGAAAGGAAGAAAGAUAUUUACGUGGUUACGGGAAGAAGCUACACUUCAAUGAGCAUAUAUAAUAUAUACAUAAUUACGUGCGUAUAACAUUGUCGCUUACAGUUACGUCAAAAAUCUUCCUCGGUUUAACGCCGCGUGUCGUAAUCGCACCCGAUUUAUCUUCGGGGCAUUAAUUAGACCAAUUCAUUUCGCAAAACGACGAAGAGUCGAUUGCCUCAUGUUUUCCUCGAUAGCUGUGCAAUAGAUACGAAAGGCGAGAUAAUACUGGCGAGAUACUGGCUGAUGAUUGGACCAAUUAUUCAACUCAGCAAAGCAAUCGAUGAUAUAAGUUAUCGGUUUAUCGUGGUGGCAUAUUAAAAGUGUAGAAUACGUCACCGCGAGUAAACGAAGUAAUAUAACGAAGCAAAUAAAUUUGGUACUGUUGAGCGGUAAAAGCGAAUUUGUACUGUACAUGUAGAUUUUUAAAUACACCUUUUUUUUUCAAUCACAAGACUACAAGUUAACGUACAUACGUACACACGAGCAUUCUCUAUUAAACGAGCGAAGUUCGGAAAAAAAAUCCUCAGGAGAUUGAAAAGGGAAACUUUAUUUAUGUAAAAAUAUAGGAACUUGUCUUUUUAAAUGUUUUCUUGACGCUACCAUCUAAUCGCAUUCCCAAAGUUUGUGUUGUGUGUGCAAGUACUGAAUUUUGUCAUCAAUAAUAUAACAUCACGUUUUUAGAAUCUACUUAAAAAAAAAUGCAUCGCGCGAUCUAUCGCGUGUCGAAUAACAAUUUCGUAAACUGUAACGUUCGCUAUUGGUUAUCAAUUCUUGCGAUUACUUAAUUUCGCCCGUAGUACGAAUGUUACGCUAACACGUCGAGAUAGGAAAUGUUCGGUUUGCUACAAACCGAGCAAGAAAGGAUGAAAAACAUAAUUAUCUUCGACGCUUUGAAUAAUUCAUGGAAUUACGCGCAGUGGGAUGUUUAUAUCAAUUCUUUGCGUUAUCAGCAAGUCACACGAGUAAGAAUGCGCGAUGACACCAGUAGUUUCUGCUCGAAAUGUCAAAUUUACAUAUAAAAAGAAGGCUUGGAGCUACUGCAAGGUGUUUGUGUCUUCGUAAUUUACCAGAAUAAAAGCUAUUCAAGCGUUUCGAUCAGUA